AUGGCUCUACAACAGCAGCAAUCAGCGAGCGUAGCGCCUCGGAAUGAAGCUUGCGAAGAAAGUCCCUAUGGCAUCUUCGUCGAGGAAGACUUCAUCGAUGACUCGACCGGCAUCGUACCAACUAAAGGACUAGGUAUACCGUUAAGCCUCAAGGACCGCUUCCUAAGGCGCCUGUCGAAGAUGCUAGGCACCGCAGCGAACAUACGAGAGAUACACACCGGCAACGCUAUGGACAUCUUCUUGACAAGAGACAAACAGUCGCCCCGGCCAAGCGUUGCGCUCGAUGAAGGACUACGAGAAUUUGUGCGCGAGCUCGAAGAUGGGCUGGCCGCUGUUGCGAUGCAUCCGUCUGGACCGCGACUCGAUCACGCAUGCUCAGAACUAUGGGAUGUCAUCCUUCUUUUCAACUAUAACAGAGUCGAACAAGUCAUACGAAGUAUACAAAAGACUUUCGACGAGAACCGGAAUACGUUUGAAGAGCUCGUUACGAGAAUGUUCGGCAUCGACGAUAUGGACAAAAAAGGCUCACUGUUGGAUCGAGAUCUCGGCGAUAAGAUCAUCAGGCUAUCUCAUGACGUCCAUGCGUUCGAUGGCUCAAUGAAGGAGUUGAAUCAGCUCGUUCAGUUUGCAUCGACUAUGACGAGGGUACUUCUCAACCUACGAGAUCGAAUGAGGUACAUCCUCGAGAGGACUUACUUCGCCAACAAGCUGUUCGAUCUCAUCUGCAGCCUCGGCUUCCCAGAGCGUGUCUACAGCACCUUGAUUCGGGCUGCUAGGUCGUCGCAGACAUUCAGGAACGUCACAUUCCACCUGAGGCCCAGCUCACCGGCAAAGAACGUAUCUUUCGCGACUCCAAUGGCGAGUGCGACGCCACCAAACACCAUUAAGCCGUCCUCGCCACCUAAGAAAGAGAAGUCGAAGCGGAUGCAGCAGUACGAAGCGACAGCGAUCGAAACGGCAAUUGCAGGUCCUAUCAUACCCUCUCUUCCCCUUCCUCUUCCCUCUCCUCCUCCUCAGCCAGCCCCCACCAGCCUCGGUUCGCUGAUGUCCGCGGUGCAGCCUUACCUCAAUCAAAAGGAUCGAGACCUUGCACUCCAUUGCCUGCAGCCCGCAACCAAGCGUGAGACAGCGCAACUCGUCGGCACCGUCCUCAGAGAGAGGCUGCUACAGAUGGAGACAGCCGCAUGGUUCAGUUUCGGCUUCGUGACCGCCAAGGAUGAAGAGCAAGAAAGGCAGCUAGCAGGGCUGUACGUCGCAAUAUUGAAGGAGGCCGAAGAUCCCGAAGCCGCAUUCCGCGAACUGCAGGCUGCCUUGGAAACAAAUUCCAUCGUCGAACUGUUCGAUCAGUACGAAUACAGCCAUUUUCGCGACCUCUUUCCCUACCUCAAAGCCUUCCUCACUACACCACCACGCAAGCGCUCCACCGUAUGGCGUCUGCGGCAGUUCAUUCAAGACCCCACCGAUGACGAACCUCCUGCAUGUCUCCAGCGCGACUAUGGAUUCAAGUACUGUCGCCAACGCGAAGAGGUCCUCCGGCUCAAGGAAAUCUACAUCAAGAUACUGAAGAAGCUGGGCCCGCAAAAGCUGGACAUUGCGUGUGUCAACGGUCGAUUGUCCGAGACGGCGAUGAAAGAGGGCGUUUAUGUUGAUCAGAAGGACAAGCGGUUCCUGAAAAAUGACUAUGGUUCCCCGUUCCUGGGACUGGACUGUGAGGGUGGGCUUCAGAACUACCGCGGCCCGUUCUACAGGAAGCCGUUGAAGCUUUAG